UUCAAACGGGAUCUGUUAUGAAAAAAAGUGUGAGAAACACUUUGACAUAGAAAAAUACCACUCUCGUGUGUCAUUCUUGACAUUGACAACCACAUGAACGUGACAAUAUGUAUGUCAACUUUUGUUGAAAAUCAGUAGCGGUGGCGUAUAUCCAUGAAGUUAAAUUAGGUUUUAUUUUAUAGUUAACUACUCAAGAUAUAACGAUGGAUUACCACUAUGAACAGACCAGUGAAGUAGAAGCUUUAGAUUCAAUCUACUAUGGCGAUAUGCAAAUUAUAGAAACUGAGCCGUUCCAUAAGUUCUCGAUACCGAUAAAGUCAGAAGGCUACGACGACGGCGAAGGUCUGGCAUGUCAGCUGGUUUUCACUUACACCGCAAAAUACCCUGAUGAGGUGCCUCUUAUAGAAAUCGAAAAUGAAGAGAAUUUUGAUGACAUAGUAGACAAACAGGAAUUACUGACACAUUUAACUGAACAGGCUAAAGAAAAUUUAGGCAUGGUGAUGGUGUUCACACUGGUGUCAGCCGGACAGGAGUGGCUCAGUGACCACUGGGACCGUGUCAAGAAAGAACGAGAAGAAAAGGUGCUGGCUAAGAUCAAGGCUGAUGAGGAAGCUGAACAGAAAAGGUUCGAAGGCACGCGGGUAACAGUAGAAUCGUUCCUGGCGUGGCGGAAACAGUUCGAGAUCGACAUGGGCAUCCCGCAGAAGCGCGAGCGGGAAGCCAAGGGCACCAACAAGCUGACGGGCAAGGAGCUCUUCCUGAGGGAUACCACGCUCAAUGAGUCCGACUUGAAGUUCUUGGAUGAUGGUGAUGCAGUGAAAGUGGACGAAUCCCUCUUCCAAGAUCUGGACGACCUGGACAUCUCGGACGAAGACGACGAGGACUACGUGCCCGGACAGAGCAGCGACAGCGACUAGCGGCACGAGGCAGUGAGCAGUGAGCAGUGGCAGUGAUGACAGAAGGAGCAUUACACCUGUAUGUUACUCAUGAACACCUUUCUUGGUUUUCUGAGGGUGUUCUUAUCAUUUCAAAUCAAAAAAAGUAUAGUUUCUAAAAUGACACUGGGGGAAUGCUCCAGUAACAUAAAGGUUCUGGCCAGGGUUCGAAAUUAUCCAGAUAAUUACAAUUUUUGAUAACUAUCGGAUGAUUAUCCGAUAAAUAUAAAUAUCGGAUAAUUAUCGCAGGUAUGGAUAUAUUUAUUUUCUUUGAAUUCUUUGAUAGUAAAAAAUAAUGAUUGGGGAGUUUUUUUAUUAACUAUUAAAAUAUAAGAUAAUCAUUUUAAACAUACCGCAUUUUAUAAAUUUUAGGUUAUUAUCAAAUCGAUAAUUAUCAGACAUACAUAUCACGAUAGAUAUCAAGAUAACUAUCACUAAUAAUUAUCCUUUCGAACCCUGGUUCUGGCAUACUUAAAAUAAAAUAAAAUAUCUGGUUCUUUGGCCUCUGGACAAAUAAUGAGAGUACAGUCAAGUGUUAAAAUAUGGGUGUACACAUCUUACUCAAAAAUAAGUCCCAUAGCAUCUUAUUCCAGUGUAAUAAGAGCGUAGUACCAUAUUUAUGAGACGAUUCUUUCGAUACAUAUUUUUGCACUUGACUGUACCUGUAAAGUUACUUCUUUGGAACAUUGUUCUACUGGAUUGCCGAUGGAUGUGUAUGUUUUUCGUGCAUAUAAUUAUUUAGCAUAUAGUUCUAUGGCACGACGUACAGCCUACAUCAUUUAACGGAUUACAAUGUACCUUAGACAUUAGAUUAGUCACACUCACAGUUGUGGGAUGAUUAUAUGAGAUAAUUAAAGUCUAAAACAGCUAUGUGGAUGGCACUGUACUGAUCUAUGUAUACAUUAUGUGGUAACUCUGUCAAAAUGCGGUGUUUGACAAUUCGGUUACCACAGCGCCAUUUGCUUUAACUCUGGAGCACGAUUUUCUUAGAUUUUAUCAUCUUGUACAAUCAAUACAUAUAGUUUAUGUCAACUACGAUAACGCGCAGAUUUGUCAAAUCUAACCUAUAAUAACACGAGAAUACGAGUCAAGGCACGCGGGUGUCAUGAAUGACACGAUCUAUAGAUAGGGUAAAUUACCUUUUUUCGGCAUGCCACCAAUUUUUGGCAACUUCAACCUUAUUUUAAGGUAGCAGUAACGAAAUUCGUACAAGAACCGGUGCUUUCCAGUGCCAAAGGGUAGUUUGCCCUAUAAAUGAAUCCGAUAUUCUCAGUCUGCGUCAGAAUACUCGAUGCCGAGAUCUGAGUGUCGGAGGGUCCUGUUAUCAAAUAGUGCUCAACUACAAGUCUUAAGGGGCCCACUGAUUACCAGUUCGCCGGACGAUAUCGGCCUGUAACAUAACAUUUUUACUUAUCAGCUCUUGGAGGAUUUAACAACUGGAGACGCCUUGUUUGUAACUUUUUGCACGAAACAGUCUGCCGAUUUUUGCUGGGGAGGGCCACGUACGUAACGUACAAAUAGCCAUGUCAGAUAAACGUCAGUCCAUACAAUACAUAUGACCAUUGGCCGAGGUUCUCGACAAAGGGGUAACCUCUUAAAGGAUACUCCAGUUGUUAAAUCCUCCAAGUAUCAGCUUCAUGAGUUCGCCUUCCAGUCUGUAGCUGUAAAUAACUUAUUACCAUCCGCCUCAGUUUGUUUGUGAAUGAAAUAGCUAUGGGGUUGCCGACUGGCAAAGGUUUUGGUUUUAGCGCCAGCAUAGGUUUCCCCUGUUUCUUAUUUUGUUCUAAGGGAUUUGGCUUAAGGGGUCAUAAAAUAAAAUUAAUUCGACACUAUUAGUAGGGAAGUCUUUACUGGCGCCAUCUCUAAAAAGCUUCAUUGUCAUGGCCCGAAGUUGUGAAGAACUUAUCACUUUUACUCGCCCUCUGUAAAGUUCGGCCUCUUCGCUGCAGUUAUUUAUUAAUAAGAAAUCGUUUUCAAUAAAACACAGAUUUGUCUGGAGAA